CAGAUACCAUUUCCCAAGAAAAAAAAGAUUUAAAAAAAGUUUUUUUCAACAAUGAUCGGAGAUAUCUCCCCGCCGGUCGCUUCAAUUCCAGUUGUUGAAGGAAAUGCGGAAGUGAGGAAGCCGAAGAAUCUUCUUCCGCCGCUUUCAAUGGUGGCGUCUCAUUUUGGCACAAGCGGACUUUCCGUCGCGUUGGCCACUGGCGUGACUCAUCCUCUCGAUGUGCUGAAAGUAAGAUUGCAGAUGCAGCAUGUCGGCCAAAGAGGCCCUUUAAUUGGAAUGACUGGGAUCUUUGUUCAACUAAUGAAGAAUGAAGGGCCUAGGUCUUUAUACUUGGGAUUGACUCCUGCUCUCACUAGAUCAGUACUUUACGGGGGUCUCAGAUUGGGAUUAUACGAACCCACCAAGGUUUCUUUCGAUUGGGCGUUUGGGUCUACAAAUGUCUUGGUCAAGAUAGCAUCAGGCGCAAUUGCUGGGGCGUUUUCCACAGCAUUAACCAACCCUGUUGAAGUUGUAAAGGUAAGGUUGCAGAUGAAUCCAAACGCAGUUCCCAUUGCAGAAGUGCGGGAGAUAGUCGCUAAAGAAGGCAUAGGAGCCUUAUGGAAAGGAGUGGGUCCUGCCAUGGUUAGAGCUGCAGCACUAACUGCCUCACAGCUUGCAACAUACGACGAAACCAAGCGGAUUCUGGUUAAACGAACUCCUCUAGAAGAAGGGUUUCAUCUUCAUUUGUGCUCAAGUGUGGUUGCAGGUGUAGUAAGCACUCUGAUAACUGCGCCCAUGGACAUGAUUAAAACCCGCUUGAUGUUGCAGCAAGAUUCCGAAAGCUCCAGAAUCUACAGAAACGGGUUUCAUUGUGGUUACAAGGUUGUUCGCAAAGAAGGACCUUUGGCACUUUACAAAGGAGGCUUUGCGAUUUUUGCACGGCUCGGGCCGCAAACGAUGAUCACCUUCAUACUCUGCGAGAAGCUAAGAUCACUCGCUGGACUUCACACAAUGUAGCCACUGACCAAUUCGUGCCCAAGCUUGUCCAGCUAAGUUCUACUCCAAUUUUUUAUUAUUAUAAUUUUUUCACACUACGUGAGAUUUUUUUUCAUCACAAAAUCUUUAUUUAUUCUUUAUUUGUUAUUGUCUAACAUGUUAGUAUUAAUUUCAAUUGGAUACAAUAUUAGACAUUUCUCAGUUUUUUCAAACGCCUAAUUGAUUACUCACUUUUGAUCAAAAGAAAAGAUUAUGUGAUUCUACAGUCUUUUUCAAUUUGAGGUUUAUGUGGUUUGCUAUUAGUCGGAAUUAGAAUCAACUUUUAUUAUAAAGAAAAAGUACUUUUUUAGUUGGUACAUUCCUAUUGUCUUCUAGAUGACUAGAUCCAAGCUUUGAUGUAAAUUGAGCCUUUUUGCUCAAUUAGAUUGGAUAGGCAUUGAAUUGAAAUGAAAUGAUAGUUAUCCAAAAAUAAAAUAUGUACGUAGUGGUUAUGUCGGAAUCACUUCUAUAUUACAGAGUGUGUCACUCUAAUAAAUAAAUUUGUUU